AUGACACGCAGCUCAGGUCAGCUCGCUUCAAAUUGGCCGCCGUAUGCUGUAUUCCACUUUUGCAAGGGUGAAAGAGGUUAAGCUCCGAAUCGAUGCUGCGAAUCAGAUCCUGUGGAAACCUAGUUCCUGGCACAGUCGCCUGGAAUCGGUCUGAGCAUUGCCCACAGUCUGGCCGCCAUCACGCCUGGAGGCGAUAUCUAAAGUCUUCUGGUCGCGAAUUUCAUUGCCCUUCUUAGCAACCACCCAAAGCGUCUCCUGCUUCCGACCCACUGCAAAACGGACAGCUCGACAUCUACUAUCGUUAGCAGUGCCCCAGCUCGGUCAGACCUUCCCACCAGCCACAUUCUCGAAUAUGUGUUUUUGUAUGUGACCCGAAAUGCCGGAAAGAUUUUCCCAGAGUCCUCAUUGACGAAUUCUCACCGGCAAUCAUCUUGCGUCACGUGUGGGCGUGAAUAUAAUUUCUUUCCCUGCUUCCAGUGUCUCUGCUGGCACAGGCCAAUAUGAGAUUCGGGCUGCAAUCCUUCUGGAGCAGAUGGCAGUGUCACAUUCGUUGGAUCCAAACACUUUCCCUGGCUGUUGGUACUUUUCAGAGUCGUCACUUCCUUGGCUCGAGUUAACGCUCGAAUAGUCCUUGUUGCCUGCCCAUCAGUCUUGCGACUGACUGUUCAGGCGAUAUCUCGAGAGCCGUCAAGGCUUCCGCUCAAUCAUGUCGCAGAAGCCUCCAAGACCUCUAGCGCCCGCGACUCCUAUGUAUCCGGCUGCCUUGCCCGGCCCGAGCAUACUCCAGUCGCCUGCGAAACAGAGGCGGAAUAUCACAACGGCUUGCAGAGCCUGCCGAAAACGUCGUACGAAGGUACGUACCUUCAAAGAGGUUUAAACCCACCUUGCCCUCAGCGGAAGGUGACAGAGUCUGACUGGGAGCAUCCUUUGUAGGAAAUCAGGAAAUCAGCACGUCUUCUGCUUUUUCCGGGGGAGGAGCUUCCAGUCAGGCUGUGUCACUCUCCGUUGACCUUGGGCCAGCUGUCUCCCAGUCGAAGCAGCCCUUACCAUGGACGACGCUCACGAACUGCGGUUUUCAAUAGUGUGACGAUAACACUCCUUGUGCAGCAUGUGUCGCGAAACGGACAGACUGUAUCCGCGAGGCCGGGGAAGACGGGCGCAGAAGAAUGGCAUGGAAGAGAAAAGUCGAGGAGUUGGAAUCGGACCAAAGACUGCUCCCUGACUUGAUGGAGGCGAUUCGUAAUGGUGAACAAGGUCAAGUGGAAAGUCUGAUCAGGAUGAUCCGAGCCACCACAUCGAACCAAGAGGUGUCGGACUAUCUUGCCACCAACUUUCCCCGGCCAGCCGUUGAUGGCGAGGACGAUGAAGGUCGCAGCAAGACAUCGACACGGCAACAGUCGCCACAGUCACUGCAAAGUCGCUUUUCAAGAUCCAUGUCGGUGUCCAUCACCCCCAUGUUCUCGGUGCCCGCCAAACCGUGGACCACAGUUACCGACGAUGACUGGCUGGUGUCGCACCUGGUCUCUUUGUGGUUCACAUGGCGCCACUGGUGUUAUCCAUUUGUGGACCGGGAAACCCUCAUUGCAGCUAUGCGGUCUGGGGAUGAAGAUGGUGGGGUGUGUUCUCCAGCCUUGGUCAACAUGAUUCUUGCGGAUGCAUGUUUCGACUAUGACAAUGAAGAGGAUGACAAUGGCAAUCCGUCCAUCGAAAAACCCUUACAAGAUCUCUUCUACGAAGAAGCAAAGAGACAUGCAGAAGCUACGGUGCAAAAGAGAUCUCUGACCUCAAUACAGUUCCUGGCUGUCCAAUGGAUGUACUUGGAGAAUCGCGGUAUCGACAGACUCGCUGUCUCCAUCAUGCAAGAAAUGAUACAUCAACUCAAGCAGUUUGACAAGCCUGGUCGAGCUCAGAAGCCGCGGACACGACAUGGAAAGGAACGAGUCUCUGGUGCUCAACGGCAUCUGGGAUACACAAGUUGGGCCGCUUUUGUCACGACGACAGCCGCCACUUUCGCUAUGCGCACUCGUCCGAUGAUGAAACCACCUACCAAGGAUAAGCCGCCUCUUUGCAAGGGUGAACUUGGUGAGGCUUGGUUGCCAUAUCCUCGCGACAACCCACCGGUCUUUGCACAUCCCAACUGUCAUCUUCAUCAUCUAGGCGCCUUGUACGAAAUAUGCUACAGCAUCAGCCAAUGUCUCUUCGUGGACGACAAGCCGCAGACUAACUCCGUCACGCGUGAUACGCUGGAAGAUCUCCACCGUGACUUGACCAUUUGGUACAACAGCCUUUCCAGUUGUGUCGAAGUCUCAGGGGUCAAAGCACCUCAUACCCUGAGUGUGCAUGCUCAAUAUCACUGGGCUGUCCUGGUCUUGUCCGAAUUAAAUUUCACAUUACAGGCCGACGACGAGGACGAUGCCACAGUUGCACUCCUGGUCCCUGUUGUCCGGGCGCAGCACACGACGUCCGCCCUUGCCAUUGCCGAUCUCGUCCAUUUGCAGUCGGUAUAUUGGGGAGUCGACCACAUUCCGAUCAGCUUCCUCCAACCCGUCAACGCAGCGCUGUCCGUUGUUAUUUACGACCUCGACGCCGCCGAGCGCAAGUCUUCUUUCGUCAAGCUCGCCGUCGCCCUACACGGUCUUGCACGCCGUUCUGUUUCAGCCGAGAGCAUGCUCCGCAUAUUACGGCUCAAGUUACGCCAACUUCGGCUUAUGUCUGCUGAUGAUAGCGAGAAAUUGUUCAAAGACGCCAACGACCACUUCCAAGCAAGUCUUCUUUCACCUACCGUGGGUGUGGCUGCUGCUGGAGAGGCCGCCGCCUUCAAUGAGUCUGGAGGGCUCGAGGAGACUUACGACAUGUUGUUGGAGAAGUGGAAUACGUUUCAUUUGGGAGCGCCUUCUUCAUCCGGAUCGUCGUCGAGUUGAUGAAGUGACUGAUGCUGCUGUUCUGGAGAUGCCACCGUUUGAGAAAGAAUGGUUCCUGGGCAUAUCCUGGUCUUCGACGAAGCAGCCAAAGCACUCUGGAAGAAGCAAUGCUGUCACUUCUCAGCCUUGAAUGUUCACGUACGACGGCUCGCCGUCCUCACCAGGAGCACGCGGCUGGAUUCGAACUUGCUCACGACCAGGGCACAUCCGGGUGGCUACAAAUCUACCCUGCCUGACAGUCCUGGAAUAUAAUACACUACACCUUCCUUCGAUCGCGACCGAUCCACCACUUGACGAUACGUUCGUACUGCACGGAAUGAUGCAAUGAUAUCUGUCAUGUCUUACGAGGAACGAUGCUGAUGGAGCAAGACUACGUUAGUGACGAUACAGCAACGACUACAUGAACAUGUGUGCCUGUCGUCGGCCCCAAGGCAAUUCCUGGGUACCUAGAUGCUCAGGGCACACGGGAUCGUUGCCUAGUAUAGUACACGGUUCUACAAAAUCAAGAAUCAAGACUAUCCUAAAUCCAAUGCCUGCUCAUCCUCUUCGCAAAACGUAUUGCUUUGGUGACCAACGGCUGCGCGUGUUUAGGUAUGCGCUCUACCUGAAUUGUUCGCCUUACUACUUCAAGCACAAGGACCAAAAAUAUAAUCUCUAAGACCGGUUUGACCUGCUGCUGCCAGCAGUGUCCGUACCGUCUCUGCACCGCCCGCGUCAAAGGCUUGUCGUA